AUGACCCGGUUCCAUUGCAAUUUGUCAAACUACAUUGUCUCUGUUGAAAGGAUCGAGCAAUUCAUGCAUACAACACCAGAACCUCCAGCAAUUGUAGAAGACAUGAGGCCUCCUUCCUCAUGGCCAACUGAUGGAAGAAUAGAGUUGCAGGAUCUGAAGAUAAGAUAUCGUCCGAAUGCUCCAUUGGUUCUCAAAGGAAUCACUUGCACGUUUGUGGAAGAGACCAGUGUAGGAGUUGUUGGAAGAACUGGAAGUGGGAAGACUACAUUAUUAAGUGCUUUGUUUAGAUUGUUAGAGCCCGAAAGUGGGAGAAUUCUCGUAGAUGGACUUGACAUAAGCACUAUUGGACUGAAGGACUUGAGAACCAAGCUAAGUAUUAUUCCUCAAGAACCAACUCUUUUCAAAGGCAGUGUUAGGUCUAACUUGGAUCCUCUAGGAAUUUACUCUGAUAAUGAAAUAUGGGAGGCCUUGGAGAAAUGCCAGCUUAAAGCUACAAUCGGCAACCUUCCUAGGCUUUUGGAUUCAUCAGUUGCUGAUGAGGGAGAGAAUUGGAGCGUUGGGCAGCGACAGCUUUUCUGUCUUGGGAGAGUUCUACUUAGAAGGAAUAGAAUUCUGGUACUAGAUGAAGCAACUGCUUCCAUUGAUACCGCAACAGAUGCGAUUUUGCAAAGAAUUAUAAGGCAAGAGUUCUCAGGAUGCACUGUUGUAACAACAGCUCACAGAGUCCCUACAGUUGUAGACAGUGACAAGGUCAUGGUUCUCUCUGACGGGGAAAUGGUGGAGUAUGAUGUGCCCUCAAAGCUUAUGCUGACAGACUCCUACUUUUCCAAGCUCGUGGCUGAAUACUGGUCCAGCUGCAAGAGAAACUCCUAG